UAAUCGGCGCACAGCAUACUGUCACUUUAACGCUGUGAGAACUGCAGCCACGAUGGGAGUUUUGAUACUCAAUCCAGACAAGUUUUCAGAGCUCUCGUCACCGGAAACUUAUCUCUAAAGGACGAAAGCAGUCGGCGUGGCGCGCUCACGACUCUAUCGCGCAUGAUUUACAUGCAGGAUGUCAGUGUUGCUGAAAAGCCGGUAAGAUAGUGCAAAGUGAGUUUGCUUACGAGAGCUGCCUAUUCAGCAUCACACAAAGGGAUCUACUGAGUUCUAUGGUCUACUGGCAUUGGGUUUGAAUGUCAUAAAGGAACAACUUCUAUUCUUCAACGAAAUGGAUCACUUCGCAGCAGAGUGCCUUGUGUCAAUGUCCAGCCAAGCAAUUGUCCACGGUCCAAAAGGGAAUAGAGAGAUCAAGCCCGAAACUGCGGCUGCACAGAGGAAUGGAGAAGAAACCAAGGAGCCUUUGAAGGACAACUCAUCUCUUUUUGUGGUGGCGAGAAUUCUGGCGGAUUUUAAUCAACAGACCCCCAUCAAUUUUGCCGAGCAGGCAAAAAUAAAGGAGGAGAGCACGCCACCAACAGCAACCCUAACCAGAGAUGAUGGGAACUCUGCCACACCUACCACCACCAUCACCGGCGACUCUGCUCUUAAACAAAGAAGCAAACGCUUUAGGGGUCGAAUUGAACAAGAACCCCCACAGAAAAAGCACAAGUGCCACUAUUCAGGGUGUGAAAAAGUUUAUGGCAAAUCGUCCCAUCUCAAAGCCCACCUAAGGACACAUACAGGAGAACGCCCAUUUCCCUGCACCUGGCCUGACUGCAGUAAGAAGUUCGCUCGCUCUGAUGAGCUUGCACGGCACUAUCGCACCCACACGGGCGAGAAGAAGUUCAGCUGCCCCCUAUGCGACAAACGUUUCAUGCGGAGUGAUCACCUGAUGAAACACGCACGUCGUCAUUCUGAUUUCCAGCCGGCCAUGCUGAAGAGGCAGCACGGUGGUGGCAAUGCCACCAUCUCGAGCACCACGCGCCCCGGCUCCCUCAGCGAUUACAGUCGAUCCGACGCAUCAAGCCCCACCCUUAGCCCCACCCUCAGCCCAGCCAACUCGCCUUAACCUGGCCGCACUUUCUUCCCACAAUGCCUGGAUCUCCAGGCUCAUUUUUUAACGCUUCUCUAUCCAUCAUUUCCCCCUAAAAAAUUACUGGCGUAAUGAGCGCCCAUGCUAAACCCGACGCUUGCUGUGGUGUACUGUACUGUACAUAACUGCUUAUUGUAGUGCAAUUUUCUUGUGCAACCCCUAAAAGAAAAAAAAACACAAAAAAGAUGCCUUUUCCAUGUGGCAAUAUUUACAUGAUGUACCAUAUGUCUGUAUUUUUAUAGCUUCUGGCCACAGCCUCUUUCCAUUAUGGGUUUUUUGUUGCUGUUUCUUUCAUAUACAACCGCUCUGUUCAAGUGAACUAAAAAGUUGAAAGGUUUGACAGGUAAAGAUGUUUAUCAUAAUUUUUUUUUAAACGGGUGAGGAAGAGGGGCACACAUACACCUCAGGAUCCAGAAUUUUUUUUUCUCCUUUAAUACUCACAUUGACUGCACAAUACAAGCAUCACUUUACUACGAAAUUCAACAGAGGUUGAAUUUUGCGCCCUGCUCAGGGAUGGCCUCGUUAGCUUGAAAGAAUGACAAUGAUGAAGAUAAACAUGCAUUGAGAAACAGCCUUACACUUGGACAAAAGGAAACUUUGCACUCUUUUUUUUUUUUUUUUUUGAGUUGGUUGGUUUGUUUUCACAUCGAGGGAAGCAAAUUCUGGGUUUUAACAGUUAUUCAUACUCUUCAUUAAUAUUAUUAUCGUUUUUUAAAUCAGUCAUUUAACGAGAGUGGCAAAACCACUCACCAGAAACUAAGGGGUGGGGGGGUAAUUCUGUCUUGAGACUGAAAAUGACUUUUCAACAUCGCUAUCUCCCUCUUAUAGAGCUCUGUUGGCCUGGGCCCAUGUUUCAAAGGGAAUCUUCUCAAUUUGCCUUGAAUGUCAUGAUCAGUCCACUUUUAAAUGCUUGAGCCACCCAAUGAAGAGUACAGACAGCACCACUUCUCUCAGUGGACUAAACUAAACUCCCCUUGACAGUUUGGAGGCUAAAGUUUCAAAGCAGCUGUUUCCUCAAUAAAACAGCACAUUCAUCAACUUCAGGGUUUUUCACUACAGUACGACACAUUCAGAGGGACUUGUCUGGACGUACGCCUACUUCAGACUCAAAUAAAGACAAAAAGCACAUGAGCAGAAUCCACCAAAGACCAAGGUGUGAACGAGAGAACCGAGAUAUUUUUUUUUAUUCUACCCAGAGAAAGGAGGGAGGGAGGGAUGUUGGCAUUCUCUCAGGUAACAGCAGAAGUCCUGGCCCUCUGGCCUCUGCAGAGCUCCAUCUGCAGAGGCCUUCCACUUAGGAAACUGCAUCAUCCUACACAGGGCUAUUCAUAGCACACUAGCCAGGGAGACAAGAGCCAUUACAGUGGAGCUUUACGCACUCUGUCUCGCUCACUCGAUCUGACAAGAAGUGGGCGUAUGAGAGAGAUAGAUGGAGAGCCAAAGCAAAAGUUUUAAAGAAGGAGAUAUCAAAUCCACACACCGUGUUAAGACCAGGUGCCAUGUAACAAAUUUUGAAGUGACUAUAUUGUAGCCAUAUUUGAUAUGUGAAGUUGGAAUUUGGACCUGUGAGAUUGCACUGGGGGCAGAGGUACACAGCAAAACAAACAAAAUUUUAAACCGUGUGGUUGGAAAAAAAAAAACUUCUUGUCAGUUAUCAUUUGUCAUUGCACCUGGUUAAGACUAGUGGUUGACCGAUGUGCGUUUCUCAGUGACUGAUGUAAUACCGAUAUUUACAAAAUAAAAUGUAAUGGCCAAAAUUUAUAAAAAUGUUUUAUCCAUCGGAUAUGUCCAUUGUUGGCCGAUACUUGUAAUCUCAAAAUGGAUAAAUAUCGGCUUGAAUAAUCAGAGUGGACUGCGUUUUCCAAAGACAUUGUAAGCGUUAUUAUAUCUUAGAGAUCAUUGGUGCUUGUGUUGCUUUUCAGAAACCUAGCCCUUAACAAAUAUCUGUAGGUAAGAUACUGUUAUCGGCUAAUACGAUAAUCACAAAAUAAUAAUUCAUCAGCCUGGCUGAUAUGUUGGUGUGUCAGACAGUUUUAUCGGUUGUUGUGUUUUUAAAUGGCCAGAUAUCUGCAGAUUAACCGGCAUUGCGGCUAUAUAUCGGUCGAUCACUAAUAGGGCACGGAUUUACAACUCAUUGUGAGCUAGACUGUCAGAGUUUGUAUCAUCAUGGUUGUUUCACUUUGUGGUGAGAGCAACAGGCCUCCAUGAGAACAAAGAGCACUAUCUACAUGAGGCAGGAAAGAGGGGGUUGACCCAUAGCGAGACAGAUAAAGACCGAGGCAUUAUCAGGAUCUGAGCACUCCAGUAGAAGAAACACCCAGUCAGCUUCCUCUCUCUCACACGGAAACCUCCCUCCCUCCCCUCUGCACUACUCCCCACUCACCCGCCAACAGCAUCCCACAAUGCACUGCAGGAGCUCAAAGAGGGAAAAUGGUCUCAUCUGAUUGGAUAGCAUCCAAGCAGCCGGCCGGGGGAGAGAUGGGGGGGUUGGAUACUUAGAGCCCAAAUCAUAAUGGCUCACAGACAAUAGGCAUGAUGUGCUAUCAAAUCAGAGUUGAACAUGUUGGGAAAUUUCAGAUGUUAUCAGUAUCCCCCCCCCCCCCCCCCAUGUUAGCACUGUCGUCUACUUCUCAGACAAGAUUCUCAGACAAGAUCACUCACUCUUUCUUUAAAUGACUGCACUUUUUCCACAAGCACAGGGAAACACUCGUGCAUCCUUUUUUUGUUUUACUGUUGCAGAUCACUGAUUUGUCAGUGUGACCACUCAUUACCUCACUGAACAGCUGCUUUCAAACUUGACUCUCCUUAAAACAGGGGCUUUAGGCAUUACUACUCGAUUUGUACAGAAUCAUACAUAUCAAGUGAACAAUGAAUUUGCCGUCCUUUGUCGCUUCAGCCUGCGAGGAUGAACGGUUACCAUGAGAAACUGUCGACCGGGCCUUACUUGCUCAGGCGAAAGACCCUCCAGGAACUGAGGCACCGCUAUCAGAACUACUGUGGCAUUGCUUCAUCCGCUGUCUCACUUUCCCAUAUGCGCAAUGUUCCUAAAGUGACACUUAGCAAGCUUUCUGUGACAGUUUUUCACUUCAAAUUCAUAAGCUCAUUAUUCAACACCAGCCAUCUUGUCUCGUCUUAUAUUCUCUUGCACAUUUUCCUUGCCCACCCUCCAUGCCCAGUGCGGGGAAACCAGCAUCAGAGUCGCCCAGCUGGACUAGCGCUCCAGGGCUAGAGGAGCAGGUGGGGAGGCCUGUGAAUGCCAGGCCUUGUCCCCCUUUUAUCCUUCCUAACAGCCCCCAUCCCCCUCCCAGGGGCCUCUCUCAUAGCCCUCAAAAAACCCCUCCAUAAUCACGGCUUUCAGCUAAAGAAAACAGCCCUAAUCAAAAUAAACAGUGCCACGGCGGCAUUAUUUCUCAUUAUUGCAAUAAACCCACACGUAAAGCCGUCUAACUGUGGUCGCACCCUCCCCUGGCCCUUCAAAGUCAUUUUAGAUUUCUCCUCCUGAAUUCCACAAGUCAGCUUUACUUCCAAAGCAAGCUGGCGAUGUAUGUUCACUGUGUGCAAGAAACUCCUUUGUAGACGUUUUAUAUAAGUUUGUUUAACUGCCUUUGAUGUAUCUGCAAAUACUCCCAGCUGCUGGUCAGGAGAGGGUAUUUCAGGGCAGAAUAAGGUCGGUCUGAACCAACGUCCUCUUCAUUAGUACUCCUCAAUCCUGGUAAAACAUGUUCAGUGAACCUCGCAAACCCAAAACCUGUCAUUUGGGUACUGGUUCGAUAGAGUAUACACAACUAAAUAUAUAUUUUUUCCUUAUAAUAUUUACUGAAAUUGUAUUUUCUCAAUGCAAAGUCACUCACAGCUCGGGUUAGUGUGAAUUACAUGUAAAAAUGAAUACAUGCGUGUUUGUGUUUCUGUAUUUUUCACUGUACCGAUACUACUUGAAUGCGAAGCAAGACCAUUGAACACAGGUGGAAACAUGUCUGGGUCAUGACACGUCAAACUGUACCUGCUACGUUUCUCGGCUUAAAACCCAUGGAUGUACUCGUAUUUCUUUAUUUUUGCAAUAUUUUUGCAUUGUGUUGUAUUUUUUUCGGAUUAUUUUCUUUGCGUUCAGAUCUUAGCUGUUAUUAUUAUAAUUGCUCAUUUUUUGCGAUGUUUGUUAGUGUUUCAUAAGGCUUUCUUUUCUGUCUGCCGCGACGAUGCUAGUAAAACUGGACAUCGAAAGACACUGAAAGCUUUUUAUCAACAGUGGAAUAUUGGUGUAUAACCACCAAAUUUGAAUACAUUGAGGUAAAAGGUGGUUUUAAGUGAGAGAAAAAAGGGAAAUAUCCUGACUUCUCAAAAGCAUUGCAUGAGACUGAAGGCAUACACGCGAUCAAGUUUGAUAUAAUGCAUUACUAUAGAGACCACAUCAUUGUGAGUAGAUAGUCACAUUCAUGUUUUAUUGUUUUGUUAUUUAACAUAAUUAGAAUUACAUCUGUGUUAAAUGUUUCUGUCAUGUAUCUUUUUUUUUUUUCUUUUUUGAAAACUCAUACCUCUAUAAAAAUCGAGAAGGUUAUGAUUUUAUUUUAUUUUUUGUUGGGAUGGGACGGGGGAUUUCUUGGAUUUCAUAUCUGGAAGAAUUGUACAUUUAAAUACAAAAUUUUGUAUGAAUUAUCAUGAAAAUCAGAGCGUCAUACUGAAAGCAAAUCAUCUUUGUGAAAUUCAUUCUGCCAGUGGAUUGCAUAAACCCACACACCCGACUCAACGAGAAACGUUUUGUUUCGUAAAAGCUAUUUGUCCACAAAAUCCUACUAAUUAUAAUAAUAGCAUUUUAUUGGAUACUUCAAUCCUAAAUUCAGCAAACUGCAUGUUAGUUCAAUAAUGAGUGCCAAAGGCAUCGAGAAGGUGAUUUUAUUUCAUCAUAUAGAGUGAUAUAGUAAAGAUAAAUAUGACCUUGUACAGUUUUUUAUGAGUGAUGUUCGUUUUUAUGUGUAUGUAGCGGGGUGAAUGAUGUAUUAGAUGCGCAACUAUUUCUAAUUUCCCCCAUUUGGCGUGAUCUUGAAUAUACUUUUUGGUUUUACUUUUAGUUAUGUUUCUCUUAAUUUGUCAUUGUUGUACAGAACAAAUGCACAUAUUAGUAAAAGUGAAAACUCAGAUAUUAACCUGUUCACCAUCCUACAUCAAAGCUCUACCAUUCCAAAGGAUUGCAAUUACAUUUGCUAUAAUUAUGCUGCUUAUAUCCAACCAAUGCAUCAAAGCUUCUUUUGUUUAUGUAUUUAUUUUGCUCUUAUUACUCUUUUUGACUGUGUAUUACAUGAUUUUGUUACUAGUUCAGUUUGGUACUUAACGUUUUUCCCUCUUUGCUGUUCUUCCGACAUUUAUUUGUCACCUAUAAACUCCUACAUACUCAACUUACCUAAAGAAACAGCCAUGUCAUGUUCUGCUACGUUAAGCAGAACCCUUGACCCUCUUUUAGAAUAGAGAACAGACAAGAUGGCUUCCAUACAAAUGUGCAGUUAUCAGUUCCAAUAUUGUCUUCCCAUGCAAAAUAAGGUCAGUUUGAAUAACUGAUGGAGGAUGAUGUUUUAGUAGGAUGCCAAGGACGCUGUAGUGCCACGACUUUCUCACUUUUGGCAUUGGGUGACGGCAUUAGAAAAAUUGAGUUUUUGUUUUAAAGACGUUACCAAAGGUUUCAAGAUUGAAUUAUUGAAUGUUCAUGUCGCAUAGUUGGAAUUCAGUCAUCUGAUAGUUUCAGAAAAGUGAUUUAUUGAAUCGAAAGAACUGAAGGACAUUUUAAAAAUAAAAAUUCCACCCUAAACUCAUUUAGUCAUUCAUUUUUGGUGGAAACAAUCAAAAGAAGUCUGGCAUUUUUCAACAUGGACAUGCAUAAUCGACAACGUUUGACCUUCAUUCACAUUCAAAAGUCCAAGAAAUACAUAUUUGUGAAUAUGUCCACAUACAAAACAACUGUACAGCAUUGCCUUUAUAGUCCCACCAGUUACAGGUGGACAUUUCGGUGUGAAGAUCACUUACUGGUGAAAAUUACACUGUGUUUUUGCAGUUAGACGUUUCUCCAAAGAACCUAUGGAUGUGUAAAUGUCAUACACUGAUUGUCUAUCCAGCUUAGCAAAGCUAAAUGCAUUGGGAGUCACUAGACAGUGAGCACAACUUCAGAAAUGGAUAUUUACGAUGUCAUGUGCUAACAAAAAUCAUUUAGUUGAGGACUGCCUAACGGUAGCCGCUUAUCUGAAAUGGUGGAAGUGAAUUUAAGUCUUAGCCGUGGCUUAGUUUCGACUGUUGAUUAUGUUUCGUCUCUUGCUGAACUCAGGAGACACUAACUGCUUUUGAGGGCUGUGGUAAUUUUUGUUAGUCUGGUUGUCUGCCAAACCGUGCAGUUGGGUUUGAACAACCUCACUCCGAUUUAUCACCAAUUUAUCUCUGAUCCCCAGGUGUGGUGACCUAGUAACUCCCCUCAUUUGGGGAGAAUCACGCAGACGACCCCCUACUGAGCGACGAAAUUCAUUUCAACUAAAUACGCCGACAUUUCCCAUUAGAUAAAACCCCAUAAACGCGCUCUGAAGAUCAGACACUGUGAAAGAGCCAUUUGAAAGACUGAACGCAUCCUCGUCCAUUGCAGUUUCCAUGCAACUUUUCUCUCUGACGCCUGUGAAAUCAGUUCGGGUGGUCGAUGUUCCUGACAUCGGGAAAAAAGUGAUUUCAAAACCCUCGCUCUUCAUACAUACCAGUCAAGCACAUUGUGUGCAAAUGUUCUCCUAUCGUAGAGAUUUCGAUAAGUGUUGUAUAUUGAAUCGUAAUGAGGCACUAGCGGCCUCAUGCUGUCCUGUAGACGUUUGCCGCGUGAACUCGACUUGCCUUCCUAUUGUACGUAUUCGUCUGUAUUUUAACGACACCGUGUGAUGCCUGCUCCAGUGACUACAUGACGCUGGGUUUCUAUUUCCCAGCACCUCUGUACUUUGUACAUUAGCUCUUCUCUAGCAAUGGCCAGUUCUUUCCUCCAUAACCUCAUACAAAACAACUGCCGCAUAAUGAAACUGUUUUUUUUAUUUUAUUUUGAUUCGCAAUCAACCAAAUCACUACAGUGAAGUAUUACAGUUGUACAGUUCCUUGAAUUAUUCAGAUUAUAUUAUUGUUGCUGGUCUAUGGUUGCUCUGCUGUACCUUUUUACGACCUUUUAUUUUUUACAUGUUAGACAAUAUUGUGACUAUGUCCUAUGCAAAUAUGAGAAUUAACAAGAAUUUGUCAAAUAAUGUAUGUUGUCUUAACUUGUAUGCAUGAAAUAGUGAAGUUUACAUUUGAAAAUAAAUUCAUAAUUAAGAAGC